UAAACAACGUGGUUAUAUGUAUUAUUAUUUCCAUUCACGUCACCCCGAAAAAGAAGAGAAGAAGAAAAGCAGAACAAGGAGUUGUGUUGUGUGCAUAGUAGCAAGACAAGUGGUGUAUGUACUUGCGUAAACUAGCAAGUUAUGUCGGCACCAUAUGCAAUCAUGAUGGAUGGACGAUUUCAAAUAGAAGAUGGUCAGUUUGACGACGCCGAUGAAGAAAACCUGAAUCCAAGCUUGUCCAUCUCCGCAUUGGCAGCCAAAGUGAAACAAAUCAAGUUGCCCGACACCAGCAGCAGCUCUGAGGAGGAAGAUUUUUACGAGGAAGAGGUGGACAGUGAUGAUGAUGAUGACUGGCACGAACCUGGCGAGUUUCCCAGACAUCAAGGUCCAAAUGCGCAGACCAGGACUUUCAAAGUCUCUCACUAUCAACCAAGUGACAAAUUAUUCAAGAAGUAUGUCAACAAAAUUAACGUCGAGAAGUAUGAGGGUUCUGCAAAUCUGAGUGGGUCAGCUGCCAACAAACUGAUAGACAACAGCAAAAAGACAGCAGCAGACAAAUUGAGAAACAAGGAUAAAAAGGACAGGGCGACCGCGGAGCAAGUUAUGGACCCUAGGACAAGGAUGGUGCUUUUCAAACUGCUGAGCAGAGGAGCUGUCAAAGAGGUGAAUGGCUGCAUCUCUACAGGAAAAGAGGCAAAUGUGUACCACGCCCUUGGAAAGUCUGGGUCUGACUUGGCCAUUAAAGUGUAUAAGACAUCAAUUUUGGUUUUCAAGGAUCGUGACAAGUAUGUGUCAGGAGAGUUUCGCUUCCGACAUGGCUAUUGCAGGAGCAAUCCUCGCAAGAUGGUAAGGACAUGGGCUGAAAAAGAAAUGCGAAACCUGGUUCGUCUUGAAUUGGGAGGAGUGCGUGCGCCAAAACCUUUGCUGCUGCGAAGCCACGUCCUCUUAAUGGAGUUCUUGGGCUCAAAUGGCUGGCCAGCGCCAAAGCUGAAGGACGUUGAACUCAGCGGUAACAAGUACUGCGAGUUGUACAGAGAAUGCGUGGAAGUGAUGUGGCAGCUGUACCAUGAGUGCAAGUUGGUGCACGCGGACCUCAGCGAGUUCAAUUUGCUGUACCACGAAGGGCACGCGUAUGUCAUCGAUGUCUCCCAGUCUGUGGAGCACGACCACCCGCACGCGCUUGACUUCCUCCGAAAGGACUGCACCAAUAUCACAGACUUCUUCAAGAAAAAGGAGGUUGCCACCCUCAACAUCAGAACUCUAUUUGACUUCAUAGUCGAUUUGAAUAUCACCAAGGACAAAGUGCAAGACAAACUCGAUGAACUUUCUCAAAAAGCAGCCUCAGAGCCAUAUGAUGAGGGGGAUGACGAGGUCUUCAAAAAGGCUUUCAUUCCAAGGACGCUCACUGAAGUCAUCGACAUUGAGAAGGACCAGAACAAGGAUGACUCUGAGGUUCUAUACAGAACGGUGGCAGGGAUUGCGAAAGAAAAUGUUGGCGGCGAAAAGGAGUCUGAUUCAGAGGGGGGCGAUGAGGCGGACACCUCUUCUUCAAGCAGUGAUACUGAGGCAAGCAAAUUCGUUAACAGCUCUAGGCCCAGAGACGAAUCUCCUAAUUCCAAGAAGGAGAGGAAGAAAGCUGCAAAGGACCAGCAGGCUGAGAAACGGAAGUCCAAGAUCAAGAAGCAUGUAAAAAAACGCAAAGAGAAACUAGGCUCGAAGAAAAAAUAAAAUUUGGUAUCUCACUGUCAGGAAAA